GAGUAAUCGGUCUUUACCAGCGCAACUAUGUACGGUUAUAAACUGGUCAUACGUGAACUUUGUGAAGUUUAGCAGUUGCUACCAUAUGUGAAAAUAUUGCGAAGAUUGAUAAGAUAAUAAAGCCAAAGGAGAAUUUUAUUUUUGUACAGGUGGAGAGAGGAGACUUUACAAGAAAGUACAGAAGAGUAAUUGCAAGUUGUUGAUGGAUUUGGAGAACCGGGACAGCUCAUUUACUAGGAACUGAGUCUAAGAAGAAACAAUGGAGAAAUGUAUAGAGAAUUUAAAGGAAAGAAUGAAAGAUGUGGCCCCAAUAGAGAUGGAGAUGCCAGGAUUUGAAUUUAUUCCGACUGUUGUCAGAUAUCUUAAGUCACGUGACUGGAAUAUUGAUGAGGCUGAGAAGUUACUUCGGAAUACAAUAGAAUACAGGAGGCGGCUUAACCUUAUAGACAUUGACUGCAGGUGGUGCCAUGAGAGACCAGGGUACCAUACAAUGCGUCAAGUUGGAUUUGAUGAGAGUGGGCGACCAGUGAUUUAUUCUAACUUCAGACAGGCGGCUACACAUAGAUACAGUGCCGAGGACUCAGUAACCCACGUGUCUUAUAUCAUAGAAAAUGCCAAACUUACCAUGAAACCCGGAAUCAGUACAUGGGUGUUUGUGGUUGACUGCUCAGGUAUGACACUUCCACUAUGCAAUCCCAAACUUGGCUAUGGAGUGACACAGACACUGGCGGAUCAUUACCCAGAACGGUUAGGAAUGGUCAUUUGUUUGAAUCACAACGCAGUCUUUCAUGCCGUUUGGAAAGCCAUAAAAGUAUUUUUACAAGCAAACACAGCUUCAAAAGUAAAACUUGUUCGGCCAAUGUCCAAAGUGAAAGAAACAUUCCAAGAAUAUUUUUCAGACGAAUUAACAAAUUGGUUGCUGGAAGAAAUUAAACUGAAUAAAAAGCCCCCACUUUGUGAAAGUCAGAAACAGUUUUGGGCAUGUCCAGAGAAGGAAGGGUCACAUGAUCCACGUGGAUGCCCAUCUUAUGUGUCCAAGUAUGUGGAAAAAUACUUCGAGAAGAAAGAACUUUCUAAACAGCGGGUACAUAAGCCUUUCCCGCCCAUUAUUGACAGUUUGGCAGGAAAACUUUGUGACGUCACACCAUGCUCUCCAAUCGAAGACGUAUCUUCCAGUGACGUCAGCAGAACAAGUAGUGAUGAAGGAGAGUUUGACUUAGACAAAGUGGAUGAAAUAGAGAUUCCAGAUAAGUUUAUAAUUGAAAGUAGUGCUUCAAAGCAGAGUUCCGUAUCUUGAAUAAUGCUGGAACUUUUUAACAACUAGGAAUUAAAUAAAAUUAAUGUUAUCCUUCAA